GCCAGCUCCACGCCUUUGCUGGCAUUGUUAGGAUUGUGAUGUACAAAAGAUACCAGACUGUAUUCUAACAGGGAAAGCUGCUGCUUAUUUGGCUCUGCUCAGCCUCUGCCUCUUCCAGUCUCAUCAGUGCAUGUUAACAACUGCUUGCAAUCAUGGCACUCAGUGGUGCAUUUAAGGCUGUCACUAAAACCCCAGGGCUAAUUAUUUGGAGAAUUGAGAAAAUGGACCUGGUACUGGUGCCACAGAAAGCCCAUGGGAACUUCUUUGAGGGAGACUGCUACCUCCUACUGUCUACAAGACAAUCUGGCAGCACCUUUGCCUAUGCUGUCCACUACUGGAUUGGUAAUGACUCUUCCCAAGAUGAGCAGGGUUCAGCAGCGAUAUACACCACCCAGCUGGAUGACUUUCUGGGGGGAAGUCCUAUACAGCAUCGGGAAGUCCAGGGAUAUGAAUCGGAUUCCUUCAAAGGGUACUUCAAGCAGGGCAUCAUUUACAAGAAAGGAGGUGUGGCGUCUGGCAUGAAGCAUGUGGAUAUUAACACAUAUGAUGUGAAGAGGCUGCUUCAUGUGAAGGGCAAAAAGAAUGUCACAGCUAAGGAGGUGGAGUUGAGCUGGAGCAGUUUUAACCUUGGUGAUGUGUUUUUACUGGAUCUGGGGAGAGUGGUGGUUCAAUGGAAUGGACCUGAGAGCAAUAAGGCAGAGAGGAUGAAGGGGAUGCUGUUGGCUAAGGACAUACGUGAUAGGGAAAGAGGAGGCCGAAUGGAGAUUGCGGUGAUUGAAGGAGAUAAUGAGCAAGCAUCGUCUGAGUUAUUGAAACUUCUUAUCAACACACUUGGAGACAGGACCCAAAACAUUAAACCAGGGACUGCUGAUGAAGUUGCAGAUCAGACACAGAAAGCUAACAUCAUGCUAUACCAGGUUUCAGAUGCUGGUGGACAAAUGGAGGUGACAGAUAUAGCAGCACGACCAUUAGUUCAAGACAUGUUAAAUCACCAGGACUGUUACAUUUUAGAUCAAGGAGGAAACAAAAUAUAUGUCUGGAAGGGAAAAGGAGCGACAAAGACUGAGAGGCAGACUGCAAUGUCCAAAGCUUUGGAAUUCAUUAAAAUGAAAUCAUAUCCGCCCAGUACCAACGUAGAGAUGGUUAAUGAUGGAGCUGAAUCUGCCAUAUUUAAACAGCUCUUCCAGAAGUGGACAGUGAAAGAUCAGUCAGUAGGUUUAGGGAAGACUUUCAGUACCAGUAAGAUUGCCAAGGUCAGCCAAGAGAAGUUUGAUGCUUCCCUACUCCAUGCAAAGCCAGCAAUGGCUGCUCAGGAGCGUAUGGUGGAUGAUGGAAGUGGAACUGUGGAGGUGUGGAGAAUUGAGAACUUAGAGCUGGUUCCAGUGGAGGCUCAGUGGUAUGGCUUUUUCUUUGGUGGUGACUGUUAUCUGGUGCUCUACACAUAUCAAGUGAACAAGAAACCAUACUAUGUUCUCUACAUAUGGCAGGGACGCCAUACAUCACAAGAUGAACUAGCGGCUUCGGCCUUCCUGGCUGUUCAGCUUGAUCAAAAGUAUAAGGGAGAGCCGGUACAGGUGCGAGUAUGCAUGGGAAAGGAACCUCGACACUUCAUGGCCAUUUUUAAAGGAAAAAUGGUUAUUUUUGAGGGGGGUACAUCCCGCAAGGGAAAUGAAGAUCCUGAGCCACCUGUCAGACUGUUUCAGAUUCACGGCUCAGAAGCUUCCAAUACCAAAGCUGUAGAAGUUCCUGCAUAUGCAUCUUCUCUUAACUCCAAUGAUGUUUUCCUGCUGAAAACACAGAGUGAGCACUACCUGUGGUAUGGAAAGGGGUCAAGUGGAGACGAAAGAGAAAUGGCCAAGCAACUGGCAACCAUUUUGACUGAUGGCGCUGAGGAGACCCUGGCAGAGGGACAAGAGACUGUACAGUUUUGGGAGAUUCUGGGUGGCAAAGCCCCAUAUGCCAGUGACAAGAGGCUUCAGCAGGUAGUGGGAGAUGUCCAGCCACGGCUCUUUGAAUGCUCCAACAAGACUGGACGCUUUAUCGCCACUGAAAUCACAGACUUUAACCAAGAUGAUCUAGACUCAAGUGAUGUCAUGCUCCUGGACACAUGGGAUCAGAUAUUUCUGUGGAUUGGUUCUGAGGCCAAUGAUGUUGAGAAGAAGGAGGCAUCAGCGACAGCUCUGGAGUAUCUGAAGACUCAUCCCAGUGGCAGAGACCCAGAAACACCCAUUCUGAUCAUCAAGCAGGGAUUUGAGCCACCAAACUUCAGAGGAUGGUUUCUUGCCUGGGACCCACUCAAAUGGAGUGGUGGCAAAUCAUACGAAGAGCUGAAGAAAGAACUAGGUGAUACUGGAGCCAUAGACAGGAUCACAAAGAACGAAAUUCCGAAAGAUCUAAAUCCGAAUAAUGAGACAAACUAUCUCACAGACGAUGACUUUGUUGCUGCAUUUGGGAUGACUAGGGGACAAUUUUCAGCUUUACCUGCAUGGAAACAAGUGAACCUGAAAAAGGAGAUGGGAUUUUUCUAAGACGGUCAUCCACAUUAUGCAACGUUGAAGC